CGGAACUGCCCAAACAUGGAGGCUCAUUUCGCUCUCUCUUUUCACCCCGAUGAGCGGUAAGGAGCUGGAGAAGAGCCUGUACCACGACAGGCGUCACAUGCCAGCACUUUCGAUAGAAGAGGUGGACGGAGGUUGGGAGGUGAGGGGAGUCCUGAGCGACAAGUUGAGGAUCGAACCAACGCCAUUGAAGGCGCGUUCUGAAGACGGAAGCAUUUCCCACAAGGUUUCUAAGAUUCAGAAAGAGGGAAAUUACGAGAAUGAUUACAUAGCUGCACCCGAUUUCGUGGUCUCUGGAAGAUUUGCAGACUCAGAGCAAGUAACGGCGCAUGCGCGAGAGGCGGUGUUCGUCGAAUUGAGGACACUAUGCGACUCCCACCACCACAAACAUCAUUACUUCAAGAGUCAAAAAGAAGUACUCGUCUACUUGGCGCUUUCGAUAAUCGCAAGACAGCUG